AUGUCAAACUUACCAGAAGUUGUGCAAGAUUUUAGUGAAGCUCUUCAGACUGAUCUUAAAACAGCUGAUAGCAUGCAAAUUUAUGUGUUAACAGAAAUUGCACAAGAUAACAUUGAAUAUGCUAAGGAAAUAUCUAAAGUAAUUUGUACUAGAAUUAAUACUGCUCCAACUGGAGAGAAACUCUAUGCUCUCUACCUUUUGGAUUCUAUAGCAAAAAAGAUUGGAGGACCAUACAUACAAGAAUUUUCGAAAAGUAUUUCAGACGUAUUUUUCUAUGCAUAUAAACAAAACAAAGACAUUCCAAACUCUAAGAAAUCAUAUUUAAAACUCCUCUCAACCUGGGGAGAAGUAUUUGGAGAAGAAAAAGCAAAGGAAAUUAAGAAUAGAAUUGAUGUUGCAGAAGGAGGAGGACAAAGAGUUGUCCAACAACCACCAAAACAACAGCCACAAUCAUCAAAUAGUGGAAUGAAACGAGUUGGAUCUUCAUCUGAUCAAUCCGAACAAGCUCUUUUAGGAACACUUCUUGAAAAAUUACAAAGAAAUCCUGAAUUAAUCAAUGAUCCUCAAACAGCAUCUUUGUUUAAACAAUUGACAUCUAAAAUGAGCAUUAAUCUUCCUCAACAAAUUGGGAGACCUAAUCCAUAUGCUCCUCCAAAUCAAACAACCAGUGUCAACAUUAAUAAUAACCCAUAUUCGGGAAAUUCCUCAAAAAACACACAACAAACAAAUCAAUUUUCAAAUAUUCCCUCAACCCAUUCCAUGAUGCAAAGCUCCUCUCAGCAACAAUCCAAUAAACCAUCAUCUAAUCCAGUGCAUCGACUGUAUGAGGCACUCACUAAACAGUGCAUGAACUGUGGAGUGAGAUUCUCAUCCCAGAAACAACUUGGAGAACAUUUAGAUGUUCACCAAAGAAAGAAUCAAUUCUUUAGAAAUAAUAAGGAUUUAUCGAGAAAGUGGUACUCUGGGGAAGAUGAAUGGAUAAAGCUAAGGGAUAAUGACGAAACCGAAGCAAUUCAAUGCCCUGGAGCAAUUAUAUUUGGUGAUUCAGAAUCAUUUAAUCCUCAAUCUCUCACCAAAACAGCCUCAACAACCGCCCUCUCAGCAGUCGAUUUCUUUGCUACUUUCAAUACCAACAAGUCCAAACCUAAAGAUGUGAAUGAAGGUAGUGGCGAAAUUGUUGCCGACACUGAACAAGACACAUGUCCAGUUUGUCAUGAGGAAUUAGAAAAGUUCUACAAUUCAGAGACAGCAGAAUGGAUGCUGAAAGGUGCUGUGUAUGAUGAAUCAUGCAACCUCUACGUUCACCAGAAUUGCCUUUCCUCUUCGCACAAGAGAAAAUCAGAUGGAGAUGCAGGAGGUUUCAAUAAAAAAGUAAAGCAAGAGUUCUAG